AUGCCAUCAACCUACAAGAAGGAUAAGCCGUGGGAUACGGAUGAUAUCGACAAAUGGAAGAUCGAUGAAUUCAAGCCGGAAGACAAUGUCGGUGGAAACUUUGUCGAAGAGUCGUCGUUCAUGACACUAUUUCCCAAAUACCGGGAACAAUAUCUGAAGGAAGCUUGGCCGGAAAUUACAAGGUCGCUGGAGAAGAAAGGCAUUGCGUGUACACUUGAUUUGGUCGAAGGUAGCAUGACCGUCAAGACAACCCGAAAGACCUACGACCCUGCCGUGAUCCUGAAAGCCCGCGACCUGAUCAAGCUACUCGCACGAAGUGUCCCCGUUGUUCAAGCCCUCAAAAUUCUUCAGGACGAUAUCGCUUGUGAUGUGAUCAAGAUCCGCAACCAGGUUGCAAGCAAGGAGCGCUUCGUGAAACGUCGCCAGCGAAUUCUCGGCCCGAACGGAUCAACCCUUAAAGCUUUGGAGCUUCUUACAAGCACAUACAUCAUGGUUCAGGGUAACACGGUCGCAGUAAUGGGACCUUUCAAGGGUCUUAAGGAAAUACGCCGCAUUAUUGAUGACUGCAUGGCGAACAUCCAUCCAAUCUACCACAUCAAGGAACUGAUGAUCAAGCGUGAGCUUGCAAAAGAUCCCACACUCGCGAACGAGUCAUGGGACAGAUUCCUGCCUAAUUUCAAGAAGCGCACGCUCUCCAAGCGUCACGUGCCUUACAAGGUCACCGACAAGGCGAAGAAGGUCUACACACCGUUCCCGCCUGCUCCAGAGAAGAGCAAGGUCGAUCUACAGAUCGAGUCUGGCGAGUACUUCCUUUCUAAGGAGGCUAACGACCGUGCGCGAAAGGAGGAAGUGGUCGAGCGCCAGCGCGUGAAGCGUGAAGAGAAGAUGCGCGAACGUGAGAAGGAUUUCAUUGCGCCAGAAGAGCAUGCGCCUGCGGAUCUGGAUGAUGAGAAGAAGAGAAAGAAGGAAAAGAAGGAGAAGAAGGAGAAACGGAAGCGCGAGGCUGAAGCCGAGGGUGAUGAAGGCGCUGAGCGUGAGGAGAAGAAGAAGAAGAAGAGCAAGUCAAAGUCCAAGGACGUGAUCUCUGAUGAGGAAUAA